GUCAUUUUGGCAGCGUCGCACUCUGUACCUCUCUGGUCUGGACCUGUUUUCAGCAGGACCAUGGCCACUCUUAAUCAGAUGCACCGUAAGGGUCGACCUCCCCCACCUCGUCCAAAAAUCAGUGCCACUUAUGGGCAUCCACAGCUCAAAGCAGUAGUGCUGAAGACCAUGAUCAGGAAACCCAAGAAGCCCAACUCAGCCAACCGCAAGUGUGCACGAGUACGUCUGUCCAAUGGUCAAGAAGCUGUCGCGUACAUCCCUGGGGAAGGACACAACCUCCAGGAGCACAAUGUGGUGCUGAUACAAGGAGGGAGAACACAGGACUUACCAGGGGUCAAAAUCACUGUGGUCAGGGGCAAAUAUGACUGUGCACAUGUCGUGAAGAAGAAACAAUAAUUACUAGAACUGUGUAUAACUGCAUAUAUGACUGUAAUAACUUGGAUGCCAACAAAUAAACUUGGUCUGAAAUGUAAA